UUUCAACAACAAUCAACUUAACCUAACAUUUGUUUGUAUCUACGAAAACGUACAAACAAUGGCCCAAACAUCCCAAGUGAACUCCGUAAACAACAUAAAAGCUUUAAUAAACCAAAACAAGCUACUGGAAAGUUUAAAAAUAGAAUUAAAGAAGUAUGAGCCCCCCAGACCAGACCUAACCUCAACACACAGCACCUUCCAGUUUAAUACCGAAUGUUACCAACUUGCGACCUGGCUGUGCGGUUGCCCCAAAAGAAACAUGCUCUUUUGCUACAUUUGUUUAUUGGCUAACACACCUAAAGACAGUCACGAAGACAGCAACAUAUGGGUUGACGAAGGCGUGACAUAUCGUCAAGACUUAAAAAUCCAAAUAAAAGAACAUGAGCGCAGUUCCAAACACUUGGUUAGUAGUUUAAGUUACAUUUUAAUAGGUAAUAAGGAUUUAGUAGAUCAGUUGAGUCGCGAACACUUAUUGAGUGUAACACAACAUAAUAAACAAGUGCUGCAAAACCGCUACGUUCUGAGUAAACUCAUUGAGUGCGUGAGGUAUAAUACGAACUACGAGUCAGAAAUGAAAGCGAUUUUAAAGGAAUGUAAUAGUCGAACGGGGCCGAUUUUUUCAGAAUUAUUAGAGUCAGUGUAUGAAGUUUGUCUCAACGUUAUUCGAAAGGAAAUCGCCCAGACUAGUUUUUUGUCGGUUGAGAUAGAUGAAGCAAAUGUUAUGGGAACAUCACCGCAGUUAAUUUUUAUUGUAAGGUAUGAACUUCGAGGCCAAAUUCAUGAGCGCUUUGUCGGAUUUGUGACUCCUGCUAAUAAGCAUGCAACCGGUAUAUCUGAGGUUAUUUUAUGCACUUUACAAAAAUUAGGUGUGGAUAAAACCCCGGAUAAAUUUAUUUGCUAUAGUUAUGAUGGAUUUUUAACUGUGCACACUAGAAAUUGGGGUAUCCAACUAACGAUCCACGCAGUUUAUCCAAUAGCACGAUUUGUACAUAGUUAUGCUCACAAUCCUGAGAUGAUCAUUGAACAUUUGGCAAUUCAUUUUAAAGAUAUCAAACUCUUCUUCGCUCAAUUGGAAAGUUGUUCGGAAUUUUUUUCGCACACGGAAAAAGUUUCCAAGUUGCUUAAUUGCGAUUGUAAGUUUAGUACGAAAGGACAAGUUGUGAAUACGCUUUCAGUAAACGUCGAAGCGAUAAAUGCGUGUCUCGACUACAUCAUAGACGUCGAGAGUGAGCAAUCACUAGUUGGUGAAGCUGCGACUAUAAAAACCCUACUAACAGACUACAAUUUCAACUACUGGUUGGACUUUUUCUGGAAAUUGUUGCCGCAUUGUAAUGACCUUUUUUCCCACUUACAACACUUGGAAGUUUACCCGCUUACGAAAAUCCAAAGAUUGGUAGACGCUUUCAAAGAACAAGUCCGACAUAUCCGUUGCCAAAUCGAGCGUAAAUACGCCAUUACCUACCCUUUUGCGACGGUUUUCCUCCAAGACGACACCCCCAUUGAAAACGGGCCUCUAACAACCCCCGUUAAACAAGAACCGCAGCCCGGAAACUACCCCGAAUACCCCCACCAAGAACGAAUGAACGACGAAGUCGCCAAAAAAAUUUGUGGUUUGAUGGUGGAGUACGUCGAUGAGCGUUUUUGUCAAAUGCCUGGGUUGGCAAUGGCCGCUUUGGUCCCCAUAUCAGGCGUGCCAGUCGCAGAACUCGCCAUUGCUGCCAACGUCUUCAAACUCGAUAAACUCGCACUGAAGAACGAGCUCAAGAUUCUUUGUAAAAGGGAGGAAUUUGGCAACGUUGCAGGUGCGCUAGUGCUGUUGCAGUAUUUUUACGAAAAUGAUUUGAUGGACGUGUUUCCUGAAACGUUCAAAUUGUUGAAAAUUUGUUGCACGAUGCCCGUGACGACGUCGGAACCGGGAAGGUGUUUUGCGACUCUCGCACGAUCCAGAGAUUUUUUUAAAAUUGCUCAGAGUGAGGAAAAUCUGGAUGUUUUAGGGAUGUGUUGGUUGGAGAAGGAUCUCAUGAAGGGGACUCCAAACUUUUGCGAUAUGGUGAUUGACCAUUUUUGUGUGAAGUACAAAAGGCAAGCGGAUUUUGAGUACAGAGAAGUUUGUUGAGGUUUAGUUUCAGUGACUGGAUUUGAAGGGAUUAUAAACGAAUUUAACUGAAAUGAACUGACGGUCCUAGUACAUUUUUGGAUGUUGUUCCAGAAAUUCGAAGAUCAAUUUUAAACAUCCGUGGUGAUGAUUAAAGCAAGACGUUGGUAUAUUUAUUUUUUCAAGAAUGUAUGUAAUGUAUUUUUUAAUAAACAGUGUAUCUUCACAUAAA